AGUCCAGUCUACAAAAUGAAGUUCCGCGGGACUAUUUGACAGCAGAAACACCAUGGGAUAAUUCGUUAAAGCACCAGUUGAUUGGUAAAUUGACUUUUAAUUGGUUAUGGAUGAGGAAGUGGGCGUGUCCUUAUCGGAGGAGGAGAUGAUUGACAGCUUGUUCUACAGAUGCGAUUCACUUGGAGAGGGCAGAGUUCAUGUCUAUUCUGUCAUUCAAUUCCUUAAAAACUGCCUUGGAAAUGGAAAUAAUGAACAAGAUUUAUUAGAGUUGGCAACAAUUUUAGAAUCUGAAUGUACAGAUGGUAAAAUCAACUUGUCAUCUUACAGACAGGCUGUUAGACAAUGGGUCACAGAAAUCAGAAAUAGAUGUGAGAGUACAAAUUUCCUAGAGCCAGAUGGACCUCUUAACUCUUCAUACAACCUCUUCAACAACUCUACAGACAGGUCAUUAUGUAUAGAGACAUCAGGUAUUGGGGAUGGAUCCUUUCAUAAGACUGAAGAUGACCUAGGGGAGUUGCUACAAGAGAUGGAGGAUUUAAAGUUUCAGAAUCGCAAGUUGUGUGAAGAACAGAUACAGUUACGUAACCAAUUAGAUGCCCAGGAAGAAGUCACUACCAACCUAACUACAGAGCUGCAAAAUAGAAAUAAAGAUGAAGAACAACUGAGGAAAAAAAUUAAAAGCCUUCAAGAUAUUGUAGAAUUAAGGCAAGGUGUAUUGGAUGAAAAUGAACAACUAAAAUCAAAAUUAUUGAGUACCCAGGAAUUAAAAAGAGAUUUGGACACUAAAGUGCUUACCUUAGAAAGAGAAAAUGUCAAUUUAGAAAGCCAGGUCAGGAACUAUGAAAGUAAGUGGAGAAGUAUCAAUAGAUUUUCAAAAUUUGAUCUAUUAUUUAUAUCCACGUAG